UAUCAUGCAUUCCGUGUUUGGUCGGAGCUUCGUAAUUUGCUGGAGCUUCACUCUUGUUCAAGUGUCUUCGACGAUACGUGAAAUUGCUAAAAUUGCAUUCAAUUUCAUCGUAUCACUCUAUUGUUGUCGAUAUAAAAUAAAACUGAAAACGGGGAAUAACACAAUUCGUGCUGAAGAACUUGCUCGCACACAGCCAGCUGAAAAUCGUUAAUGAAGUGACUAAUAAUGUUGUUGUAUUUGUAGUUUCUUCAAGGUGCCUGUCAAUACGAAAUCGUAAACUUAACCCACAUUCCCAACCUUUUCAAAAUACAAAAUUGAGUCACGGUGAGCGAUGGAUGGCUGUACAAUUUCGAAAUAUGCAGUUGUAAAUCGAUCAAGCAAACUACGAUUACAUUACAGUUCUGAUGUGCCGCCUGAGAAGGGCGUUGGCGCCAACGGAUGCAGUGAUGAAUUCACUGUCCCUGCCGGAACGCUAAUCAAAAUUUAUCAGUGGAAAGGACCGGUGUCAGUGGGUUCCAAAAUUUAUAGUACUGUCCAAGUACUUGAUUUGAUAUCCCAAUUGCCGAUAUAUGAAAAUCUCUAUGAAUGUCCACAGGCCAAUCUAACAAAAGUGCCAGAAAAUCUGUGGCCCUUUGUCAUAAGUAUAGUUGAUCCAGAUGAACGUUUACGAAUGAUUAAAAACACAGAACACUGUAAAUGGAUUAGCUAUCUAAAGGUUAACGAUUUUGUCAGUGUCAAGGGCGAAGUGUUCUCAAAUAGCGCUCAACGAUUUGACUGUAUUGUUCGUUAUAUUGGACCCGUACGAGAAUUACAGCCUGUGGGAUAUUUCUUUGCACUGGAAUUACUGCACUUAGACAGUGGUCCCUCCCCUCAAGCCGACAAAAUACCGUUUUGUGGAGUUUACAUGCAAUGUGAGUCACAACUAGCAAUUUUUGCUACUGCUAAUUGGGUUACACCGAUACCGAAAGACAUACAAAAAAAAUUUUCAACACGAGAAUUUUUGAGCGAAACCUUUGAGAAAUUUAAAUCUGCGAUCGGCCCAAGCAGUGCUUUGACGGGUGGCGGGCUCAGUCGUAGCAUAUCGCCCAAACCCGAUAAAAAACCAAAGAACAAACAAAAGGAAGCGUCAGCCACAUUCUACGACACUUUGUGUGAUACGCCUAGUUCCAAACCGAAAGAGAUGGAUUCCAAGAAUGACAAUUCCAGUGUGAUGACAGCCGAUAACGAAGAGUUCAAGCAAACCGUGGAAAACUACGAGCGGAGUUUGGAGCGGCGCACCACCAAUACUGUACAGACCCAAACACAGCCACAGUCAGGCAUACUCAAGAAUAAACGUACAGAUCAAACCAAGCCGUCAUCAGUAUUGAAUAUGGGCGACCGGGACAUUGUCGUCAUUGAUAACACCGACAUAGACGAGUCAACGCGAAAUGAAGGUGAAGUAAUUGUCCUGGACAAAACACGUCAAGACGUUGAUCUCGUUGAGUUGUUAGGUAGCGAUUGGCCAAAGACAGCAGGCGACGCCGCUGCAAUACUUAACAAACAAAAAUUGCAAAAUUCUACCCUCACACGACAAUCAUCAGUAGUUGGAGGCGGUGGAGCAUGUAGUAACGGCAGUAGUAAUACUGGCAACCAAAAACACAAUCGCAAUAAGUCAUCAAAUCCAUUAUCGCACAUAGUUGGUGGCAAUACGAAAAAAAUGAAUGACUUUUCGGUCUCAUCGAACAAAAAUGUCGAUAGGAAACCUCAAAAAUCACACAAGAAAAAAGAACGUGGUCGUAGCUGUGCCUCACCACAGAUCCCCUAUGAGAAUAAUAUUACAAUUGCUAAUCAACCAAUAUAUGCUAAUACUCCCACUGAUGAUAUGAUCGCAACAGAUGUAUACGAAUCGCCAGUCCUAUUGCCAACAGUAUUGGAUGGAAACUUUUCGGAAAGUUCGCCGUUGCCAGAAAUUCCCGGCACAGGUCUGGGGGUUGGAUCGAUGGUUGAAGUUAACAUGCCCGAUGAGAGUGGCCACUUGUAUGGAGUUAUACGCUGGAUUGGAGUUCCACCGGGUGUUAAAUCGAUUAUGGUUGGCAUCGAGUUGGAAGAUGACUACAUUGAUAAACAGCUUUUAACAACUGACGGCGGUUUCAAUGGCAUAUCGCUCUUUAAAUGUCCAGCCGGACGUGGUUUGUUUGUGGAGUCGCAUCAGUGUUCCAGCGAUAGACGUUUCACGGCUGAAGAAGGAGCUGAUGGUAACGAUGUUAGCGUUAUCAAUAACAAUAACAAUUACAAGACAAAACAACAGAAUGUCAUACCAGAUGAACCACAAACAUUCGGACAUAUGGAUUGUCCAAUUGUGCCCGGAGCUAUUGCACCAAUAAAAUGUUUCGGCUUAAACGAUUUGGAAGAAUUGUGUGGUAAGUUUAAGGGCAUCCAAGGGCAUCAUAACUCGUGUUAUUUGGACGUCACGUUAUUUUCCAUGUUCGCAUUCACGCCUGUGUUUGAUGCUGUCCUUUACAGAUCGCCAGACAAAGAGGAUAUAAGCCAUUACACGGAAGUACAAACCGUUUUGAGGGAGGAAAUUGUUAAUCCUUUGCGCAAGCACAUGUUCGUUCGUGCUGAUCGGGUAAUGAAGUUGCGUCAACUACUGGACAAACUUAGUUCGGUGAGCGGAUUGACUAGUGAAGAAAAGGAUCCGGAAGAAUUUUUAAACUGUUUAUUGGCUCAAAUAUUGAGGGCGGAACCGUUCCUUAAGUUGAAUUCUGGUCAGGAUGCGUACUACUAUCAGCUGUUUGUGGAGAAGGACGACCGUUUGUCAUUUCCCAGUGUACAGCAGCUAUUUGAACAGAGCUUCUUCACUUCAGACAUUAAACUGAAAGAAGUGCCUUCCUGUCUUAUUAUCCAAAUGCCCAGAUUUGGCAAGAACUAUAAAAUGUAUCCACGCAUUUUGCCAUCACAAGUAUUAGAUGUGACGGACAUUAUCGAAGAUUCUCCACGACAAUGUUCUGUUUGCGGAAAGUUAGCCGAAUUUGAAUGCCGUGAUUGUUUUGGUGUCCUACAGAGCGGUGUUGGCUUAGAAAGCACGUCCUUCUGCCCAAAGUGCCUUGAAACUGUUCAUAUGCAUGUUAAAAGGAGAAAACACAAACAUCGUAAAUUAUCAGUGCCUCAAGAUUUCCGAGUAAUGGCCGAUCACAUCAUGACCGUGCCACGACUCUACAUGGAAUUAUUUGCAGUUGUUUGUAUUGAAACAUCCCAUUAUGUAGCAUUUGUAAAGGCUGGUUCGGGUCCCGAUGCUCCGUGGUGCUUUUUCGAUUCUAUGGCUGACAGAAAGGGCGAACAAAAUGGAUACAAUAUACCCGAGAUGAUAACAGUGCCUGAUUUGCCCCAAUGGCUUUCCGAAGAGGGAUCUCGAAUCGUAAAUGAGACAUCUUCCAAUGACAAAAUGCUACCCGAACAUGCCAAACGAUUGUUCUGCGAUGCCUAUAUGUGCAUGUACCAGAGCACUGAUGUUAUGAUGUAUCGUUAAUCCGUUUCUUGUUUCGUAUUUAUAAUUUCCGUUUGUUGACAACUGUAUUUUUUGUCUCUAAUUUUGCAAUUGAACUGUUGUUUAAAAUGAAAACAUAAAAUGUAUUUGUUUCAAACAAACACAGCUUCUGUAUAAAAUCUAAUGAAAUGCAAUUAAAAAAAAUUAAAUUAAAAAAUUUAAUUAUUCGCGAA